AACUCAACGCAAAUCUGAAUCCAUCAUUCCGAAUCCUCGAUGGAACUUGAAUACACUCUAUACGGUCCGGGUGUUCAAGCGACCGACGCAAAAUGUAAACAAACCUCACGACCAAAGUUUCUCUUCUGAUGUUUCGGGUAAUCCAUUUCAGCGUACCUGACGUGACUUUUUGGCUGUGACAUUACCCAAAGGAAGCCUAAAGGAGAGUCACUAUCAUCAUAUAGACAUAUACAACCACUGACCCCCACAAUGCUGCUGAAAUCUCCAUAUGAACCUCUGGUGCAAGAACUCCUUGAAGGGUUAGAACCAGAUGCUUUGCGAGGCCUUGCACUCACUGCCACCAACAACCGCAUCCAUCCAACAAAUUGUAAAGAAGCAAUUGAAAUUAUCCUCAUGCAUACAGAAGACCUUGGCAAAUUCUUUUCAUACAGACGCAUCAAAGCACAAGUUAUGUUUGUUUACUUGCAUCAUCAUAAAGAACCUGUGAAUGCACACUCAAGCAGGACACAGCUGGCAGUGGCAAUACAGCAGUUUUGGAUGAAACGGCUCAAUGGUGGCUCCACCUUGACAAACCCAAAGAGAAGAAGCAAUGAUAAAAUUCAAAAAGAGGCAAAUCCACAUCAUCCUGUUCCACCAGGCCAGCUACAGGUAGUGAGCAGGCAGAAUCAGACUCCUGCCAGUCUAGAGUUUGUCAGUCAAGAAAAUGAAGAUGUUAAGAAUAGACAAGCAGCCAUACUAAAUAACGAGGAUACUUUAUCACAGAUUGAACUUACAAAGAAGGUGAAAUCUGAUGAUUUUGCAAGAGUGUUUUGUGAGUGGUAUUAUAGUAUGAUAAACUACCUGCAGCCUGUGUGUUCUCAUCAGCCAGGAGACACAUUCAGAGAGUCAGUGUUCUGCAGUAAUAGCUCAGUAGAUGUGUAUCUCAUUGGCAGCGCAAGAGAGGAAAAGCAUGCCACAGGACAGGCCAACUCUUACACACUUCUCCGAGAAGUCUUUGGACAGACAGAACUUCUUUUUUCUCCAAAUCUAUCUAGUGGAAUUCAGGCUCAGAAAAGUGAGCAUGGCAUGAUCAGGAUUUUCUCCUGUGGAACCCUACAUAAAGUUAAUUCAUUUGUUGGUAUUUAUGAACAAGAGUUUGGGCUGGUAUUUUGUCCAGUGGACCGAGCAUGGAAGAUAAUGUAUACCAAAAUAAAUUUAAAACACACGAGUGUUGAACCACAAAUGCCAUCUCUUCCACCAUGUGAAGUGUUUGCAAUAGAGCAGAGUUAGAAAAAAUGUUUAGCGAAUAACAAAAUAUAGAACAUCCUCUUCUGUGAAUAGGAUUGUCCAUUGUGGAUUGCAGCUUUUCCAGGAACUUUUACAGUUUGUAAACAAUAUAAUAUUAUGUAUAUAUAAUGGUAUAUUUUUUAGGCUGUAGUCCCACACAAUAUACAUCAGAUUUAUAUUUUAACUUAUAAACAGGAUCAGUAAUGUUUUUUCUUGGACUUAAAAUUUAUGUUAUUAAAAGUUCAUGCCAGUGCUCAUUAAAGAUGUGUAUAUAUAUAUAUUUAAAAAAAAGUCCCUUUCACUCCAGUUCCUCAGGAUUCACAGUACAUCCAGUGGGAGUUAAUGGUCUAAUACUGCUAAAGAGAAAAAAAAGAUUAAGAGAUUUUCACUAGAGGUUUCCAGAACCAGUCACUCCUUCAAGCUGAGACUUUGGCUUAAAGUGACAAACUCCCUACAGCUUGAUCUGUCACAAAGAGCACUGACAGGAACAGAAAGUGGUUAACCUCCAUCAUGCUAACUUUCUAUACUACCAAAUGGAAAGUUUUAAAAAUAGUGAUUGAGGUUUUUGUUUGUGAUAAUGGUAAAAACAAGUUAGUAUCAGCUGCCUUAAAAAUAAAAUGUUUUUUAUAC